AUGCGCAGAUUUUCAACUUGUUCAACUUUUUAUAGAAGUAAACUAAUUUACAACAUCCGUUCAUACGACAUAAAUAAAAAAUCAUAUUGUUCGUCGAGAGAAGGUAUCGAAGAAUUAGAAAGGGUUAUUUUAAAUUAUCAUAAAAAAGAAGAGAGUAAUUUUUUAGGUAGGAAAAAAGAAUAUGAAAAUUUUAUAAGACAAGUAUUAAAAGAUAGGUGUGAUGAUUUUAAGACGGACAAAAUAUUUUUAUCCUCCUUAGAAGAUAUUGAUGAGACUUUCUUAAUAAAUAAUAAAGAUAUGGAAAGUAUAAAAGAUUAUGUAGAAAAAAGAAAUAAAGAUGACAUAAUAUUUAAAGAUAAAAAUAAAUUAUAUGAAUAUAUAGAAAAAAUAAAUAUUAAAAGCGAAAUAAUGAAAAUAAUAGCUAUGUGUGGUAUUCGUAUAUCACUUAAUAUUUUAAUAUUUUAUAUGUAUGAUAUAAUAUUAAAAUUAAUAAAAUGUUUACAUUAUUAUGAUAAGGAUAUUAUAAAAUAUGAUUCUAUAAAGGAUAAAGAUAAAUAUUAUAAAAUAGGUCAAUAUUAUUAUUAUUAUUAUUAUAAUCAAGAUAAUAAUAAUGUUGAUGAUAAUAAAAAUGGGAAAGAUAAAAAAGAAAAAAGUGGACCAUUUCUUUUUUUAAAGUUAUAUAAAAUUUUAUCAAAUAUAUUAUAUACGACAUGUGAGAAUUCUAUGCAAACAUAUAAUAAAAAAUAUAUAUAUUUUAAGGAAGAAAUAAUAAAUAAAUAUAACUCUAUAGACGAUAUAAUAUAUAAAGUACCCGCCUUUUUAAAUAUCAGUUUUUUAUUUUAUUAUAUUAAUAUAUGUUUAUAUAUAGAUCCAAGUAGAAAAUCCAAAAAUAUGUGUCUUCAAAAUUUAAAUAAUUAUCUAAAUUGUAUAGCUGAUGAUGAAAUAAAUAUUAGUAGAGAGGAUUUUAAUUAUUUGGUUUUAUCUAUGCGUUUAUAUUUUUUAUUUUUUUCUUAUAAUGAUAUAUUAAAUAUAUUAAAUGAAGGCUCAAAACAUUUUUUAUCGACACUUGUAUUAAUUCCUAAUAAUAAUAAUGAUAAUAAAAAUAAUAUUCAUUCUAUACAAAUGGAUGAUAAUAUUAAUUAUGUUUAUAUAAUAAAUUAUUUAAAUAAAAAUCAAAAAUAUAUAGAAAAUACAAAAAUAACAUUAUUUCCUUUUCAUUUUUAUCUAUCUUCAUUAAAAAAUAAAAUUAUUUAUAUAUUAGAAAAGAAUGAUCAUUUUUAUCUAAACGAUUCCAAUGUGCUUCGUUCUUACAACUUUUGGAGUUAUUUUAUUGCUCAGAAGGAAAAUUUUAAAUUACUAAGUUUAUGUACAAGGAAUGAAUAUGCGGAUUUGUUUAAUGAUCAAACUAGAGAUUCGGUUUUAUCAAAAUAUGUUAAUAAGGAUUACCUUUACGAUUUUAAUCAAAGAAUGGAAUAUAAAGUUGAACAAACAAAUAUAUAG